AACGGAGAAGAAGAAUCAGCGUGACAGGUCUCGCGAUCCUUCUGAUCUUUUGAGUGCCAGACACAAACCAGAGCAGACAGACAAGCAGACGCUAGAGGACUGAAGGCUAUCAUGGACCCGAACACGACAAUUCUGCGAGUGAAAAGAAAAAGGGGGACAGACCCCGCAGAUGCUUUGUUGCUGGCGUGCAAGCGUAUCCGGCCCGAGUCGUCCCAGAGCUCGGGGGAGACGGUACCGGAGCCAGACGAAGCUGAGGUGGAGAACUCUGUGUUCAAACUCGUGGCGACUGUAGCGACCCAGGAUGCUCCGGUCCAGACCCAGGUCCGGCAGGCCCUGGCCCGGCCCCGCGCAGCCCAUGCCCUGCGCCCGUCCGCCUCCAGCUCCCAGCGGAUAAUGGGCGACCUGCGCAGCACCAAGUGGAGCACCCGCAGGGAGGAACGCUACAGAAUCCUGUCCAGCCACCGCACGGGGCUGCUGCGGCCCGCCGAGCAGGAGACCCCCCGGACUGAAGCCUCAGAGGAUGGAGAGGACAGCAGGACGGCCAAACGGUGCAGUCUGGGAGAAAUCCAGGUGGUGGAUCUGGUCCAGGAGGACGAGGAGGAUCCAGACAAACCACUGAGGAAGACGCUGCCUUCAGACCCAGAAGUGAUUCUGUGCAACAACACCAAGCUGCUGCGGGAGCGGCUGGCCGUCUCCGGGGAGAAGCCGGGGGCGGAGCACCGGGAGCACGACGACGACUACGUUUAUGACCUUUACUACCAGGAAACGGUCACACCAGGCUGGAUCCAGGACAUCCUGUCUGUCAGGGCCUAUGCUGACGACGGAGAACUGGUUCCAGAUCUGGUGGUCCAUGAAGAGGAGGUCUAUGAUGAUGAAGAUGACGAGAAUGAAGAAAGCAACUGGAGGAAUGACUACCCUGAUGAGGACAGUGGUUCAGACAGCGACAGGGAGCAGCGCUAUGGAGACUACUGGGAGGAGGAGCACUCCUACUGCAGGAGGAACUGGCAGCGCUACCAGAAAGACGUGUUGCAGGAGCUGGGCUGCAGCGGCGAAGACGAUGACGAAGACAAAUAUGAUUCUGACUGACUGCUGCACCGCAACUUUCCAGCUUCCUUUUCCUCAAGAUGCUUCGCUCUAUGAGCUUCUGUGUAGCAGAGAGUACGGAAUAAAGAAGAAGAAAAAAAAACUAUCAACAGUUUAGAUCUCCCAAUGUUGGUGUGGUGUGCCAAAGUACUGCAGCAUUAGUCCUGAUUCCAGAAAGCUUCCUGCAGGUCGGUCGUCUCUCUGCUACACAGGCUCAGGGAGGGAAGGCGUUUCCAGAAGGAACCAGAGCGUCUGUCUUUAUUUUUAAGCUGUGCUAGAGUGAAUCUGUAUGUGGGUGUUUGUUCCAUGUGAAUCGUUGCACAUUAGUGUGGUAUGCCUCGUACGCUU